UAGUGGUUAAAGGCACUUUCGAUCUCCUCUGGUGGCGCUGUGCCCCUAGCCCUCUGGGUGCCCUUUACAAGGGAUUCAGUCGCACCUCACAGAGGCUGAGGGAGAGAAGCUGGAGGAGGGUUCUUGAGGCAUUCCUGUGACCUGAGGGAGUCACGACAGAGGAAGCUUUGUGCUACUUCUGUGUGUUGAGGCGGCGUCCGGGCCGGUGGAGACAGCAACAUGAUGAGCCUUCUGAGCCGGGCUUUGGCCUUCUUCUGGAGGAGGCGGGUGAACCUCAGAGAAGAUCAGCAGAGGCUGCUGCCAGGUGCUGUCAAAACGAGAACUGUGCAGGGAGUUGUCACAAGAAUAUGCAGUGAUUAUGGCUUGAUUGAUGAGUCCAUCUACUUCAGUACUGAUGUUGUGAUCAGCAAUGUACCUCUUGUAGUUGGGCACAAAGUUUUCGCAGUUGUGGAAGAAGAUAAAACAUCUUUUGGACUGAAAGCAAUUGAAGUGGAGGCUUUCAGUGAUCAUUUUGAUGACUCUGGACCAUCGAACCCUGGAACAAAAGUUCUAAUUGGUUACAUCACCUCUGUAAUGAAGGAUACCAUCUAUAUUAAUGAAGGAAUUUCUUUCUGUCUAGAUACUGUUUGUGAAGGCUUUGUGCCUUGCAAGGGUGACUGGUUGGAGGUUGUGUAUUCCACGGAGCCGGGAACGACGCACAUCAAGGCACACUCAGUGAUGCCCAUGAACUGCAGGCACAUGGAUAAGGUCAGCAUUACCAGUGUCCACGGAAGGCAUGGGGUGAUAGACAACAAAAUCUUUUUCACCUUGGAUUCACUGAAACUCCCUGCUGGUUAUGUGCCUCGAAAGGAUGAUGUCGUCAACGUGGUUGUAGUGGAGAGUACUCAGUCCCGCUGUUUGUGGAGGGCAGUGUCUAUGACCCACGCUCAUGGUUUUUAAUUACCAAACCUUUCGUUUUGCCUUCGCCCUUACUUCUAUGGGUAGUAAAGGGCCUGGUUCGGUGGAAAAGCUCUGCUUAGUGAGUUUAAACAAUAUGUUAAAUACAAAUUUUCUUGUCAGCAUACUGGGUCGUUUCCUUGGGAGAAUGAGCCACCUUUAGGGAAGUGCAUUAUUAACUCCAAAACAUGCUAAAACUGGCUCUUGAUUGUAAAAUAAUACCAAUAAUGGUGGUAAUAAUACUGCCAUUUAGCUAAAUUCCUUCUUUUUCUGCCCAGAGAAGAUUCUAUGCUGGCAGGGACCUGUUAAGGCUCUAAAAUAAUGUGUAGUGUUGGAAAAUUUAAGAGGUAGCAGGGCCCUUUGGCCUCUUUUGCUUAGUACUCCUAUCAGUUACUGCAUUACUUGAUAUGUAGAACUCCUAGCGCCACUGGGAGGAAAACCAAUACCACCAAGCCUGUCAGAUUUCUUUGAGGAGUAACAGAGCAGGACUUCCCUGCUUCCCGGGAUGUCUGACAGUCUCUACAAAGCUCAGACUGUAGCUCGGGUCACUUCAUAAUUAAAUUUCUAUUUGUUCUAAGGAGGCUUCCAAAGGAGUGCGGGUGUAUUAAAGAAGCUUGCUAUUACUUUUGACUUAUCGUAUUGAUUGGGUUCGUGUUGGUCUGUAGUUUCAGUCCUUUGAUAGCUGCACUGGAUUCUUGUUCCUUUGCACAGGGUUUUGAGUUGCGUGGGGUUCAGCAGAAUAGCAGUAAGGUUUUCCCUCGUUUUCCUUUCAGAAGGACAUGAAUAUGUAAACUGAAACUCCUUUAGUCCGUAUCCCCUCUAAACCAACAUUUUUUCCAUCAAUGUUUGUAGUGUUUUUCCAGGUACCUUCACAGUAAUUCAUGUAAUAUUUAUGAAUAUCUGUAUCUAAGGGCUUUCGUAAAUGGCUAGCCAAUAUUCAAACACCUAUUUCUGUAUUUUGAGGGGUAGCAAAAAGGCACUAAAUGACAUUUUGCGAAAGGCAUGUUCUUUCCAGACUCUAAUGUAUGGGAAAAUACUUUCGACAUGAAAUCUUGGUAGUUUCUGUGACAAGUAACCAUUAGUUUAUCAAAACUAACCUGUGCACUAAUACAUGUUUGCCACAGUAUUGUUUUCAAGCUUUUUGCUAUUGAACAUUGUGUUUUUUCACUCGUGUAGUUUAAUUUACCUUGAUCACUUCUAUUUAAGUCUAUUUGUAACUAGUUGGUGCUUGAAUCAAUUGAUGUAAUACCCUUCAGUAAGAUUCUGAUAUUAACAUGUUGGCAGUUUAUUCUCUAUGCAUAAUUGCAAGUGAUAAUUUUUUUUGUGGAACUUUGAAGAAAAAGUGGGGGAGUAGCAGGCCAAGCAGGGUAAUAGGCAGGUUUUAAACUUAUAGGUUGUCUACCCUUCAAGUAUCAGUGUUCCUUAUGCUUUCUGUGCAAUUUUCAUUUGUUGAUACCAUUGUUCAUCUCCACCUACUUAUUCAAGUUUAUAAAAGCGAGUGGUUCCUCAGGUCCCUUCUUUUCCAUGCUACAAUGUAAGCUCCAUACCAAUCGCGUGUAUUCUUUCUCAUUAACUCAUUGAUAAGCACUUAGAAGAACACCUGUUAUAUACCAGGGCAGAGUGAAUGUUAAAUUCAAUAAAUCCAUUAUCUGAG